GCUAAAUGAUCAGCAAUUUUCUCAGCGGAGACGAAUCUUCAAAAGAAAGCCUAUCAAGUUCCCAAAUCCAUUCAAAGACAGUGUUUUGCUUUCGGGACUCGCAGCGUUCAUUAUAUUUUUGAAGUCAUUACAUUGUUAGCGGCGUUGUAUUGGGUUGGUCUCUGUGCUGUGCGGAGUUUCGGGGUUUCGAAUCUAUUGGAGGGACAACCUGCGCAAUAAUUAUGCAAAUGUGGCGCUAAGGCUGCCCCGCAGAAGGUAGGGGAUUCCACGGAGAGUUCAUACAAUUUGCAGGCGAUAAUGACACCCUGACGGAUCCCGCUUUCUGGCAGAACUGACAAAUUGCCGGGUGAUUAUCUCUCGUGGGUUCUGGGCUGGUGAAACAUAAACACAGUUGACAGUCUAUCGUUCUGUCUGUACUCAGGGCUGGCUACCCCGCACUACGUGUAGUUAUUAGUAGUGCACAGGACGCUGACUCGUUUAGUUGUGUUUCACUCGUCUCUUCGAUUCCCUUGAAAUGUCCGGUGUGCAUUCGAGGGGACACACUUUUGGCCUUAGAAGCUUGAGCAAGCCCGACCUAUGUUUAGUGAACUGAAAGACGCAACACAGAGGUUUCGGUGAAGCGGAAGAGAUAUAGUAUAUCAGUCGGCUUGGCUCGGCUGUACGGCAUAGCUGAACCAACAUUACUCCGGAGUACCAGAGAUAUUCUUCGCUCCGUUGUUUUCUGCGAUUUGUUUUUUGUUUUAUAUUUUUUUAUUAACAACAUACAUGAAGGAUUCAGCUAUGAAAUGCUAGUCAUGGGAGUUUAUUCGUUCUGUGAGUCAGUGCACGUUCUUCCCAUGGGCUGAUUAUUUAUUAUUGUUGUUAUAUACUGGAAUGGAUUCAUUAAUCGUUCGUACGAGCAGUCCUGUGAUGGAGCCGGUGUUUCAAGGAACCGUGCACACCGCGUCGUUGGCGGUGUGUACAGUGUUGGUGCUGUUCGUCGUCAUUCUUGGAUCGUUCGGUAACGGAAUAGUGAUCCUGUCGGCUGUCAAGUGCAAGAGAAUGAGAUCCAACUUCGAUCUGCUGAUAGUGAACCUAGCCGGCACUGACUUCAUCUUGUGUACCUGUCUCUCGCCCGUGUUCCUCUAUUUAUUGUUCACAGACCCUCCUACGCCAAAGUUAUUCUGUGGAAGUUUCCUGUUCCUGGGUACGGCGUGUGGAAUGCUUUCAUUGCUAACCAUCGUGACUAUUGCCCUGCACCGCCAAGCGCGAGUUGUCGGGAAGGCUAAAGGUAGUCUUACACCUACGAAAACUGCGCUCAUCCUAGCCACAAUCUGGUUGAUGAGUCUGGGAACAGCUUUAGGUGGGACUCUACACGUGACUUCCAACUGGGACGACUCGUUUCAGAACUGUCAAGUGAUUAUUAACAGUCCCAACCUAAGGACUCAUAACUUCGUUUUGUUCUUCGUCUGCCCUGUCGUGACUAUUGGCUGUGCUAUAAUAGCCGUUUCCUACACCAUCAUAGGAAGAGCAGUGCGAAACCAGACGAAAGCUCUUCGGGUAACCACGGUAACCACUAGUAUAUACAAAGGUCCGAGAACUAAAGUUCCACCGGACCAGAAACUGUUACCGGAAACAAAGCCGCGAGAGAAGAUGAGGCGGAUAGUGUAUUCUGGACGACAGUGUCCGUGUUGCUGCGGUCAAGCUGUUCUGGACAAGGAAAAUAAAGCCAUAACGAUGUGUCUCGUGGUUAUUUUCACCAUCCUCCUGUGCUGGACCCCUCUCGUUAUUUCACAGUUCGUUGAACUCGUCACUGGUGAAUCCAUUAUACUUUAUCAAGUGAAAUUAUGUGGAAUAGCCCUCGUGUUUUUAAACAGCGCUCUCGACCCGUACAUCUACGGCCAGCACAACGGGCGGAUAAAGAAGAAAUACAGACGGCUGUUGUGGGAUUUUAUCCGCUGUCACUGCAAGUCGGUUACCAAGGCAAGACUCCGGCUGACCGCCACUGGCAACCAGCAAACUGCCAAGCAGAAGUCUAACUCCCAAAACGACCAAGAUACUCGCACGCUCAAUUUAGCUUCACCAAAGCAGGCGCAGAAAUUUGUGGAUAAAGGUAUCGGCCCAGGCAAUAUUCCCACACAAAGGACGUACACAUCCAAUAUACUUUUAUAUCAGAAUAGCCGAGAUCCUGCGGCAAAGAUACCGUGUGGUGUUGGUGGUGACGGUGGCGGUGGUGCUCCUGUCAGAAAAGGAGGAAGUCAGGUGGGGGACAUCCAAGCAAUGAUGCAUGAUGUGAAAAGUUUUGUCCACAAAUCUUGUUGUCAUACGGGUAUUCCCGAGGACCAGAGUCUGAUUUAUUCAUGACAAAGACGGUUUGUGCAUCAGCACAGACUGUGAAGUGCAACAAGGUUAUUAUUGUCUUCAGGGCUUGUAUUUAUAGAACUACCAACGCUUUCAUGGUAUGUGUACAUGUAUAUAUUUGUCAAGGAUGUGACUAGUAUAUGUGCGCUGUUGUUUAGUAAAUCCAGGCAAGCAUUUUUGUGGGGGAUUUUGAUAUCAUUUGAGACUCAUAAAUUAAACAUCAUGUCUAAUUUAACUGUUUAAAAACAAAGUUGUAUUAAUACUAUUAUUGAAAGAAACAUUUAAAGUGUUGUGAGAAUAUUUGAGACACAAGUAAGUGCAUCUGUUCAACAGUACUUAUCUUUUUUUUUUCUAGGUACAUUCAAGUCUGUAUACUAGUUAUUUAAGGGAUUUACAAAAUAGGUGGUUUUAUAUAGAGAAAUAAUAUUUGUAUACAGUUCCAGAAGCAGAUCCAAACUUUUUUGGCAGGGGAUGUAACUCAAAAAUGGCAAUUGUCAGGUUGCCUAUUAAUUAUUGGUGAAGAACUGGGGGCGUGGGGAGGGGCACCCCCACCGCCUGUGGAGAGUAUGCAAACCCUUGAACACUCCUUUUGGUCCACGUCUGAAUUAGGAUAUUAUGUUUUGUACACUUCCUGAACAGGUGACAGUUAAUAUGUUAGUAUAAUCUACGUGGUUUUUGGAUAUAGGUCAUUAAUAAAGUUGAGAGAUAAGUAUAAUCUGACACAGGUAUUAGGUAUGGUGCUAUAUAUAGAGAGGAGAAAAACGCAAUUGUCUUUUAAUAUUCAUUAAAAAUAAGAUAAUUUCGUGGAAGGGUAAAGAAUAAUUAAAACCCCCCAACAAUUUCCUAAUUAUGUCUUCUAAAUAAAUGAUUGAUCAAACACUGGAUUGGAAGUCCAUAUGUUUGAAUUGUCUUCUUUCUGGAGUAGUGGAUUCGGGAUUGGUUAAAAUGGGGUGGGGGUGGGGGUAAAAUUCGAUCUUAGGACACAUCGCAUCUCAGACGAUCGCUCCUCCACUGUUUUGUUUUGAAGGACGAGCGCUUAAGAUUUCUCUGUAAUCGUUAGCAGAAUGUUCGUCUUGUUUUUCUUUGAAACUAAGAUUAUGUCUUCUUGCGUUCAACAUCAAACACGCUUUUUGUUGUUUGGCGAAAACCUUACUUUGGAUAUGUUAAUAUUCCCACUCUCAAACCUCCAAAGGUUUCCGCAACGCAGUUUUUCCCCAAUCUUCCAAAUACCCUCCAUCCCCAGAAGCUUUGGUUCUUCUUACGAACCUGGAUCUUGUUUCCAUGGCAACCUUUAAACAAUACAUACUUUCUGAACCCUUUUCCAAAGAAGAUGUGUCAUAUUUCUGUGAGAUUUGCUCCAUAAUCUGCUUGCUAAUCCUAUAAACACACAGAACUCUGCCCGACAAAUCUCGCACAAAGUUUAAACAGUAUCGAAUGUUGUUUGGCCGCCACAAAACUCGGCAGCGUGCUAGGAACUAUUUAAAGAUACUUCUGGUUCGUGUAUGUAGUGACACGCUGGUUAAUAAAAACAAGAAAUAUUUCGGUUUUUGUAAACACAUAGCAGUACAUAUAACCAAUAACUAUUUCAGAGCUAUUAAAUUUAUAGCAUUACAAUGAGGUAUAUUUUAAAUUUAGUAAAACAAGAACUACUAUUAUUUAUUUUAGUACUAUAUUAUAAUGUAAUAACUUUUAUUUUAGUUGUUUAAAAACUAGUACGG